AUGGUGAAGACAAAAGCCUCAAAGGAGGCUAUGCGGUGGGCGGAUGAUGGAUUGGAAGGUCCGAUUGAGAGAAAGCCGGGCGAGGAAGGCAACGAUUUUGACAUUCGUCGCUUGGUAGUGAAGGUCUGCGAUGCCAUGGGGCUUGCAGCCCAGAAGAUUGUGCAAGUGCUUAAGGAACGAGGCUUUUGUUUGGUGCAGGCGAAUGCGCCACCUGAGCUGGUCCAGGCGGCCUUCGAAGAGGCAGAGACACUCUGGGAGGAUGGAGAGUUCAAGCCGCCGAUUCGUGUCCACGAUGACCGGAGCCUUUUAGAAGCACAACUUUGGAGCCACGCGCUUCAGGACGUGGAGAAGAGCGUUUGGAUUCGAGAGGGUGACUCAAGAGCCAUCCAGUUGAUGAAUGCUCUGAAACUCUUGGGUCGCAACAUGGCAGACUUUUGUGCUGGCUUGGGCCCGCUUCUUGAAAAAGAGCUUGGUGUGGCUUUCGACCGGCUCGGUCAGCCCCUACUAACAUGCUACACGGGCGAUGCGACUCACAAGAUACACAUUGACAAUCCUCACGAGGAUGAAAGUAGCCUUCCAGACAACGGAAUGCGUGUUUCGUGCACAUACUACAUCAACCCACACUGGGCCCCAGAAGAAGGAGAACAGGGUGGCAUGGACAUCUUCAUGGUGCCAUCAUCUUCCAGCUCUGCAUCUGGUGCUAGAAAGUGUCCAAGAGUAAGGGUGGCCCCGCACAUGGACACCUUGGUUCUGCACCUGUCCGAGCGCAUCGUUCAUCAGGUUUUGCCCACCAAGGGUUGGAACAUUCGGUGGUAUGCUUUGCAGCUUUGGGGGGCUCAACGGCGAUGCCAUGCAGCAGAUGUCCAGGCUGGUAAAGACUCCGGCCCCACCCUUUGGACUUGGUAA